UUGUUUAUAUUGCGCCUUUCAAUUAACACUGUCCCGAUAAUAUGUCCACGACGUGCGUGGUCGAGGCUAGAGAGGGAAACUCGCGUAAAAACGAUCCCCGUGUCGUAUUUGAAACGUAGUUAACCUCAAACUAAUCGAAUAAACGAUACUUCAGCCAGCGAACAUUGAAUGAACAAGAGAAGAUGCCUGGCCACCGUCAGCCUAACUCCCUAGAGGGGCUUAGUUUGGGACGCGUGUGUCAACAACUCGACGGGACGUGCCGACGGCUGCAAGUGCUUUCACAAGAAUCGCCAGCCGCGCAAAUUUUGGCUUACGCGAAACAGACCAUCAGACCCUAUUACAUAAAUGCUUUGCCAGCACGUUUACGGUCACAAGUCAUAGAAGAAACAUCAAAAAUGUUGUAUGGACCUGCAUCGGAUGGAUCCACUUUAAUUUCUGGUCCAGCUCCUCUGUAUUUAUUAGCUCUCCUUCUGGGACACGACAUAAAGCAGCUAAAAGUGAAUCUGUGUUGCUACUAUGGAUGUAGUCAUCAGACAUCUCUGUUGAAGUUGCUCGCAUCGGAAGGAAUUGGACUUGAAUCUUUGGAGAUGGCUCGUUCUGCAUUGCUCAGAUUAGAUUGUAAGCUACUGAGGUCUGCUCUGCUGAAUAUGAAAAAUCUAAUAAGUCUGACUCUUCGGAAUAUAGCCAGCGAUGCUGUACUUCAAGUAGUGGGCAAAGCUUGUCCAAAAUUGGUACUUUUGGAUGUUGCUUGUUCCAGACAAGUUACAGAUGUUGGAUUGAAGCAAUUAUUAUUGCAAGUAGAACUCAGAGACAAAGUGCCUCAUGCUACCAUGCAAGAACCUACCAGUUGGUCUCGUUUAAAAAUAUUGCUUUCUAAAUUGAAGAUGAGGAAUUCUAAAUCGGAGAAAAAAGAGAAGCAAGGAGUAUUAUUGGAAUAUUAUGAAAGCAAAAACUUUCUUUGUGAUACACUCAGAGUACUUAACAUAGCUAACACUGGGGUGACCAGUGCAGGAGUACUCUUGGCUUUGGUACAUGUUCCAAGAUUAGAAUCCUUGGCAGAAUACAGUCAUAUGGGAAGAGUUAUGGAAAUUAUGAACAAAGAAUACAUUGGAUUUAAAACACCAUUUAGCCUAACUCAGGCAAGAAGUUGCAGAACCACACCAGUUCGUUUGGAACUUUUGGCACAAGCAUGCCCAAAAGUGGAAAAAUUACAUAUCUCAGAACCUCAUCAUCCCCCUGAAGCAUUGAGAUUAUUUCCUUAUGUUACUUCCUUAAGUGUACAUAGUAUUCCACCUCAGAGAGAAUGGUUAGAUGGUUUCUAUGAUUAUCUGCGCACAAAUGGCCAAAACUUACGAGAACUUAACCUCAGAAUAACUCAAAACGAAAAUCCGAUUGAGGUGGACUUAAAAGAAAUUUUCAGCAGCUGUUGCAAUCUUAGAACAUUUACAAAUGAUGGUUCUAACAUAAUUUGGACAGAAGGAGCUGAUCCUCCUUCACUGAAAUAUUUGAAAAGAAUCCAAUUAGGACGUGUAGUGAGUGCUGUUGCCAUUACCAAAAUUCUUUCAUUAGCACCAGAACUGACAGCACUACAUGUUCAUAGUUGUUUCGAUCUCACAAAUGAACACUUAGAAAAAUUAUUGAGUGCAUCAACAAAACCAAGAAACCCACGAAAGUCUGAUAAGUGUGACAAUAGUUUAGUACAAAAUCUAACAUGCUUUUACAUAUACGAGGCUAGUAAAGUGUCUGCAAGUACUGUGCUAAAUAUGUUUCAAAACUGUAAAAGACUGCGAAAAAUUGGAAAUUUGGCAAAUUGGGGCCUAGACUGUGAAGGUAUUAGAAUGCUAAGAACAACCCUGAUCCGAGCGAAUUUGGAUGUAGACCUGUGUCCAGGAGCACAUUGGUUUUGGAGUAAUUGUAUUCAGUAAUGUACUUCUUUUUACAUCUUCUGUGCUAAUAGAAGCAGCUUUCCAAAUGUUCAGUUUAUGAUGCAAUUGGCUGCUGUUCAAUUUGAAUCUAUUAUACUUUAAUAGACUGUAAAAUUGUCAGUAUUAAAAAUUAUCC